AUGUCGUCGUUUGAAAUAGUUUUUGCCGUUCCUAUGGAAUGCCAAUCAUGUGUUGAAUCAGUUACCGAUGCCCUCAAACCCAUUUCUGGACUUGAAUCUGUUGACGUUCAACUUGAUUCCAAUUUAGUGGUAACUAAGGGUACUACAUCACCAUCAGAUAUUGUCCGAGCUAUUCAAAAUACUGGUAGAGAUGCUAUAAUUCGUGGUACAGGUAAGCCUAAUUCCGCAGCAGUGUGUAUCCUUGAAUCAUUUGAUCCGAAGGAUUCAGCUAUGCCUGUUAAGGGAUUGGCUCGUAUAGUUAGUGUCAAUGAAAAGGAAUGUGUUAUAGAUUUAACUGUGAAUGGAUUACCAAAGGGGACAUAUUAUCCAUCAGUCCGUCAACUGGGUAAUUUAUCCAGAGGUGCAUUAUCUACAGGGGGUUUAUAUUGUCAAUUACAACCUGUUGAAGUAACUCAACCAUCUGAUAUUUCUACCACGAUCAAUUCCAUAGGAUCUGCUAUUCAUAGAGGACUCUCAAGUAUUGGACUUUGUUCUGGACAAAGUUUCCUUCAUGCUCCUAUGAAUAUAUCGGAUAUCAUUGGCCGGAGUGUUAUCUUGUCUUCUAAACCCAAUACUGUUACGGAGGACUCGCUUUGUGGGGUCAUUGCCAGAAGUGCUGGUGCAUGGGAAAACGAUAAACAAGUGUGUAGUUGUACAGGCAAGACUGUGUGGCAAGAACGUACUGAUGCUGUGAACAAAGGUAUCACUGCCUAA